AUGAACGCCUUCAUGAUCUUCAGCAAGCGGCACCGGGCGCUGGUGCACCAGCGGCACCCCAACCAGGACAACCGCACCGUCAGCAAGAUCCUGGGCGAGUGGUGGUACGCCCUGGGCGCCAAGGAGAAGCAGAAGUACCAUGACCUUGCCUUCCAGCCGCCCGCAGCCUCCACAGCCCGGCACCUCUACCUGCGCGGCGGCGCUGGUGUGGGUUCCAUGACCAAGAUCUACGGAGGCCGGCAGCGCAAUGGUGUCAUGCCUAGCCACUUCAGCCGCGGCUCCAAGAGCGUGGCCCGCCGCGUGCUGCAGGCCCUCGAGGGGCUCAAGAUGGUAGAGAAGGACCAGGACGGAGGCCGCAAACUUACACCUCAGGGGCAGCGAGACUUGGACAGGAUCGCUGGGCAGGUGGCAGCUGCCAGCAAGAAGCAUUAAGAUGGACUUUGCCUAAUAAAAAUGAGCCCGACCCAUG